GAUGGUCCUAGAUGGAAAUUUUGUGAGGAACCUGGUGUAUCAUCAAGAGGAAAUAUGUUGAAAUCGAUACCAGCAUCUGGUUUGCUGCGGAAGUUAUGGUGGAGUACUCUUGGACUGCAAUUUGACUGGUCCAAGUUCUGUGAGAUACACUCGUCAGUAAUAUCCGAAGAAUUUCGCCCAGAAGCUGUAAUAGUGAAUUACUUCAAGUUAGCUUUCUUUUACUGUGAGGUGGAUGGAAGCUCCCUUUGUUUGCAGUGCGAUAUGAUUGUUCAUGUAGGAUGUAAAAGAACCCAUGAAAGAUAUCUUGUAUUGAGGCAGAGAAUUGAGUUUCCCGGGGAUAAGCCUGGCCGUAUGGAGGAUCCAACUGAGAACAGGAGGGGAGAGAACCAGCAACUCGGAUUGACGAUGGGAGAGAUCCAGCAGAAUCACAGGGUUCCAGAGUCAGCUACGAAUGCCAAUGCCGAUGGGCAUGCCAACACGAAGACAAAUAUGAUGGAUUUGAAUAUGCAGCCACAUCAGAUACAUGAACAGGCUUCAAAUAAUCAGAACAUCCUUGUUGUCUCAAAGUAUUACUGAAGGAUUACCUUGGCGAGACUUGCUGAGCUGCUUUCUCUCAUUGUUUAGGUGACUUCCAAAAACGAUCAAGCACAAGGCAUCAAAACCAUAUAUAUUCCUUCCUGUUUUAGAAUUUUUUUUGGAUUCCUUCAUUGAUUUUUCUUUUAAUUUUUGUUCAAUUACUUACAGGUUUUCAAUGGAUGGAUGUUUAAAACUUGUCUCAAUUAAUGUUUUGAAUGGAAUGAUUGUAAAGUUUGGGAUUGAGCAGGAAAAUAUGAUGAAUUUUAAUGUUAUAUUUAGGUUGGGUUGAA